GACAUUUAUUUACCCUUUCUUCACUAGAGGCAGACCUUUCCCACUGCAAUUGCUUUUCUUUGGCAUGUUAUUCUGUAUCUAUAAUGGCUUCCUCCAGGGGUACUACCUGAUUUACUGCGCUGAAUACCCAAGCGAUUGGUGCACCGACAUCAGAUUUACAUCAGGCCUCCUCUUAUUUCUGCUGGGAAUGGGAAUCAACAUUCAUAGUGAUCUCCUGCUGCGCCAGCUGAGGAAACCUGGAGAAGUCACUUACAAGAUUCCUCAAGGGGGACUGUUCACCUAUGUUUCUGGAGCCAACUACUUUGGAGAAAUUGUGGAAUGGUUUGGUUUUGCCAUAGCAACAUGGUCCCUUCCAGCCUUCGCCUUUGCCUUUUUCACACUUUGCUGCAUUGGGCCACGUGCUUAUCACCAUCACAGGUACUAUCUCAAGACAUUUACGGACUAUCCAAAAUCAAGGAAAGCCUUGAUUCCUUUUGUUUUUUAA